AUGCCUGCAAUGAAGUCUAUUGCAGUUUCGCUGUCGCUGCUGGCCGCUGUUUCUAGUGCUGCUGCACAAACCACUGUCUGGGAAGACUUUACUGCCACUGUUACGGCGCAAACCUUUUUCAAAUCGGGAAUCUCGACCUCUGCAGAGAUCAGUUCGACACCAAUCAGUUCCCCUUCUUUGAAGAGUUCAUCGUCGCCAAGCUCGUCGGGGCGCCCGGAGAUCACGGGUCCCGUUGUGACAAGCUCUGUUCCUGGGAUUUCGUCGACUUCCUCUGGCAGAUCUUCGAUCGGGUCUCCUACCGGCAGCUCGUCGUUCCGCUACUCGAACUCUACCAGCGUCGACGUGAGAAGUCCUUACAGUUCCUCGAGCUACGUGGAAAUCGUCUCGACUGACUCCUCGCAAGCUGCAUCCAGCAGCGCUGACUCAAUGUCCGAAGCGUCCACUUCCGACUCCUCCGCUACCGAUCAGGCUUCAAGCACCGGUUCUCUCUCAAGUUCAUCCUGGGACUCCUCCCAGCAGGCCACACCAAGCUCAUCCUGGGACUCCUCCCAGCAGGCCACCUCAAGUUCACAGGUCACCAGCGCUGCCGCUCCCAGUGAGAUCUCAAGCGAAACGCCAAGCAGCUCUAGCUCCACUGCUCAGCCAACCACGCUAGAUAGUGCCACGGCUAAUCUCGUGUUGGCUGAGCACAAUGCCAAGAGAGCUCUACAUAUAAACACCCCGCCAUUGACUUGGAGUGACGAUCUUUCCGCUUGGGCUUAUAACUAUGCAAACUCUCUGAAGGGUACAAACUACGAUCCCUGCUCAGGUAACUUAUUGCAUUCUUCUACUAGGAAUAACCAGGGUGAGAACAUCGCCUUCGGUACUUACUCUAGUGCAACUGCGUUAGUGGACUUUUGGUACAAUGAAAUUAGAUAUUAUGAUUUCAACAACGUCACCGGUAUUGUUCAUGACGGUUAUGACGUUGGCCACUUCACCCAGCUGGUAUGGGCCUCUACGACUGAAGUUGGUUGUGCAGCCAUUGAGUGUCCUGCAAACAACGGGUUGUACUUAUUGUGUGAGUACACGCCCGCUGGUAACGUGUACGUUGGCAAUUCUGUCGAUACUUUCCAACUAUUCAGAACGAAUGUUUUGCCUUUGAUACCGGAGUAA